AUGUCUGGAAAUAAGAUCCGGAUCGGUAUCAUAGGUGGUGGUGCUUCGGGUGCCACCGCUUGUAAGGCAUGUCUGGAGGAGGGCUUUGAUGUCGUGGUGUUUGAGCGCUCGACAUAUACGGGAGGGUUGUGGCGAUACCACGACGAGGACGUGGAUGGUGUGGCCUCUGUGGCCAAGUCUACGAUCAUUAACUCCAGUAAAGAGAUGUCCGCCUUUUCCGACUUCCCGCCGCCCAAAGAUAAAGAGAUGUCCGCCUUUUCCGACUUCCCGCCGCCCAAAGAGUUCCCUAAUUAUAUGCAUAACUCCAAAAUGGUAAAAUACUUUGACUUAUACGGCGAUAAAUUUGGUUAUGAAAAGUACGUUAGGUUUCGACACGAUAUCAUAAAACUGGAGCCCAAUGGGGACUAUGAGAGCACCGGCAGGUGGAAGAUAACGGCUAAAGAUAACAACAACGCCGGCAAACUAACUGAACACGUGUUUGAUGGGGUAAUGGUGUGCACCGGACACCAUGUGACACCACAAGUUCCUACAUUUAAGGACCAGCAUCUGUUCAAAGGACAGGUAGUUCACACGCACUCUUACAAAAAGCCCGAUCCCUAUAGCGAUAAGAAAGUGGUGGUCGUAGGGAUCGGCAAUUCUGCUGGUGACGCCGCUGUUGAGUUGUCCACAGUCUCCGAGAAGGUAUAUUUAUCAACUCGCACGGGCACCUGGAUAACAUACAGAGUGGGCCACAAUGGAAAGCCGUCCGAUAGCACUUUCCUGAGACGUUCAAAAAAUGUCUUGCAAUCGCUCCUACCCUACGACACCGUGUGUUCAUUGGCAGAAAAGGAAGCCAACAAACGGAUAGACCACGAGGAAUACCAAUUGAAGCCCAAACACCGAUACCUAUCCCAACACGUGUUUGUCAACGACGCCCUCCCCAAUCGCAUACUGUCCGGCACUGUCAGUGUUAAGCCCGAUAUCGAUAGGUUUACACCCAAUGGAGUCAUAUUCAAAAGUGAAAGUCAAGAGACUCCGUGCGAUGUCGUACUACUGGCCACCGGCUAUAAAGUGUCGUUCCCUUUCAUAUCGCAAUCGCUAAUACCGGUCAGGAAUAAUCAGGUGGAGCUCUAUAAGUACAUGUUCUCACCCAAGUUGGCCCACCCCAAGACACUGGCCUUUAUAUCGCUGAUACAGCCGAUCGGCGCUAUACUACCCAUAGGGGAGAUGCAGUCGCGUUGGUUCGCACAACUGAUGGCCAAUAAACUGAAACUACCGGACAGGCAGACCAUGUCUGCGGAGAUCGAGACAAAGAAACAGUUAAUAAGACAACGAUAUUAUAAUAGCGACCGACAUACCAUUCAAGUCGAUUGGAUCAACUUUAUGGACGAGUUGGCAGCACAGGUAGGCGUUAAGCCGCCGCUACUCAAGUACUUUUUCACUGACCCGGAGCUGUGGCGGGCACUGGUGUUUGGACCCUCCGUCCCCUACCAGUACAGACUUGAAGGUCCCCAUUCGUGGUCGGGGGCCAGGGAUGCCAUACUGACGGUUGAGGACCGCAUUGGGGCGGCACUUAAGACCAGAGCACCGGACAGUCGUAAAUCCCGGGGCACUAAAAGUUUGCUGACAUUCACCCGAUUUGUUGGACUCAUAUUACUCGUAAUUUUUGCUUAUCUAUUGAAUUUAAUUUUCUGAAGUAAUUCAAUAUUUGAC